UCCGGUAGCGUUUCCUGUGUUUGUAAACUGAGAAAAAUUGGAACUCCGUCAAGAAAUAUUAAUCUGCAAAACAAAAUCUUAAGGUAAACCAAUUCUAAAAUGUACAUCCCAACAAAGCCACCCUAGAGUUAACAAUGCAUAUGAUUAAGUUAUUUCCCAGAAUGUUAAGGCAAAUGAGAGUUAUGACAAUUUGUAGUGGCGCUCAACCCGCACGCCUUGCCUGUUGUUGUGUUGUCUCUCUGUGUGUGUGUGUGUGUGUGUGGGUUGGGGGGACUCAACCAGAGAGUCUUCUUCUUGCCCUAGCUUCACCUAAGCAGACCCUUGCUUUACCCCAUACGUUACCUCAUGAUUGAUUGAUUAUUCACUAAAUAUUUAGCUGAACAAUAUUUUCACUCAUCUUGGUAUUUGGCCUCGAAAACUCAGUCAGACAAUGAUGUCUUGCUAGCUAGAUAGCUAGCUAACUUGCUAAAUAGGUAACUAGCUAGCUAACAUUGAGCUGGCAUAGCUUUUCUCUCAGUAUUCAGACAUUAUUGUAGCUAACUAGAGCACUGAAUAAUACUGCAUUUUUUUUACAGGCCUUAACGUAUUGCAAUGUCAAAACAGGUUAUCUAUCCAAUGCAUUUGCCCCAUGAUUUUGCUGUGUGUGUGAGUUUUAACAAGCAAGCUAGGUAGCCCCUCACUUCCAUGCAGCUUUAGCUUGUCCUUUGCAUGAAGACUAGAGUACUUGCAUGGAGACUAGAGUAGAAGAUCAGCUGUGUGGCUAGGCUAAAUUAGGCUUUCCUGUUUGUUUUUAUACUUGACUUUAUACAUGACUCCUAAAAUGUGAUAUCAUAUCGUUAGCAUAAUACUUUGGUCAAUAUUGAAUGUUCUCUUGAGUAACUUGCACAUGCAUUUUUACAAACUGUGUUUGUCCUUGUCCAGCUUUAUUUCUGUCUUCAUUGCAACAAUAUUUGACAACAAUGUUUUCUGUUUUCCAUGGGAAGAGGUGGCAUACACCAAACCAUUGGGGCUGCUGUCUCCAAGCCUGAUAUAAACUUCCUUUGUUGAGUUGACAAAGCCAAAUUUAUAAAAGCACCCCUGAUGAUUAAACUAACUUGCACUGUAGCUAGUAGGUCUGAAUAUGAAUACCAGUAGUUAAAAUAAAAAUAAACAAAAUACAAUAAUUUUGGCCUCACAAUAACCCUCUAUUUCCAGGCCUUGGCCCCUGAUUAUUUGGGUGAGUGUGGUCUCUUGUCACACCCCUCAUCCUGAGUGACCCCCCCUUGACGCACCCCUGUACCCCCAAACACACACACGCAUUCAAACCACGCACCGGCGAUGACACACCAUCCCAACAACUCCGUUCGAGACCACAUGAAAUGGGUCAGUUGAAUUCUCCUUCCUGUUUUCAUCAUUGUUUUUUCCCUGUUCCUCACAGUGUUUCCCUUAGAGGCCUGACCACAGUGUUUCCCUUAGAGGCCUAAACACAGUGUUUCCCUUAGAGGCCUGACACACCAGGCCAAAAAUCGUCAGAGAACAGUCAGUGAACGACCAUCUACAGUCCCCGCAGGAUUUUGGCCCUGUGUGUCGGGCCUUUAUGCCUGGGACUGACAUGGACCCUGACGCUGACUCUAAGCUUCUGUUUGUUUUGUCCUGUGUUGUUCCUGCAGGCUGGGUUGAUGACCCUCCUAGGCCACAAUACUACGCUCCAACUGAACUGCUGUUUGUGUUGUUACUGUAGGCUGGGUUGCUGGGCUGUGAGACGGUGCUGUCCAGCAUGGCCCUGAUGCAGGCCAACAACAUGUCUGGCAGUCAGAAGAAGAUGACAUCACAGCACGGCCAGGGUCAGCAGGGUCAGAGAGACAACAACAACCCUGAGAGCCACCAGCAGCAGUCUCACCAGUCUCACCACAGCCACAUGGUCUUGCCCUCGGGGGUCAGCUGCCCACCCCUGGUGAGAAACAGAGACACACUAAUGUUAUAGGGCCAUAGGACGUAGUAUACAUACUACAAGUGCUUCUGUGUUCAUUAGCAUGGAGAACAACACCGUUGUUGUUGUUUACAAUUGGGCGUUUGGCAAUUAAUCAGAAAUCAUGCUCAUGUAAUUAUUGUAAAUCUAUCAGAAAUCUAAAACGUAAUAAAUAUCUAAGCAGUAGCUCUAUUUUGGUUAGUAUGUUAGAAAAAUGAAUUGCCAACCAUUUCCCCCCUCUCUCUCCUCGAUAGUUAAUCAGAAAAGAUGGACACUCGUUUCACACACCCAGGCUGCUGGAUGAGAAAGAUAUGCAGGCCAGCCAGAAUAUGCAAUCGACAAAGAAAAAGCACAGAAAAUCAGGAACACCCAACAAACUGAGAGAGAAAGUGGAGGUAAGUAGUGUGUGAGAUGGGGAAAUGGAAUGUACAAUGUUAGAUACACUUACAGGACAGGUGUGUGUGUUUGCUGAAGCCUUACACUUUUAGGGUGUGUGAAGUUGUAGUCAUCUGAACACUCAUUGGGUUUCUCAGCAGGUGGAGAUGGAUAUUAAUGGUGAGGAUGAUCAUAAUUCACAAGUACAGAAGAACUUCAUCUGUGAGCACUGCUAUGGAGCAUUCCGAAGUAGCUACCACCUGAAGCGGCACAUCCUCACUCAUACAGGUUUAUAUCGCUUUACGUUUCCCCUUCCUUGCUCAGCAAUACUCAUCAAAUCUGGCAACAGUUAUAACAUUCAGAAAAACAAUCACAUAGUAGAGAAAUAUGCACAACUCUCACUCACAAUUAAAAACAGAUGUUAAGUAAAAAAUCCAUCAAAUUCAAUCCAUACCAUUAGGUUUUGAACAGUGUUUUUGUGUUGUUGUUGUUUAGGGGAGAAGCCGUUUGCAUGUGACGUGUGUGACAUGCGGUUUAUUCAGCGAUACCACCUGGACAGACACAAGAGAGUUCACAGUGGAGAGAAGCCCUACCAGUGUGAUCGCUGCAAUCAGGUAAGAGAGAUCUACACUGCACACUGUACACACACACACACACACCUGGUACACACACACAUGGUACACACACACUACCCCAUUCCUAACACACACACCUGGUACACACACUACCCCAUUCCUAACACACACACCUGGUACACACACUACCCAUUCCUAACACACACACCUGGUACACACACUACCCCAUUCCUAACACACACACCUGGUAUCAGCAGGACCGGACACAGCGUUGUGGAACGUUUAGAGAGAAAUAUGUUAUGUAGAACAAACAUACCUUUCUGACGUGUAAUCCCAACAUGUUUUAAGCAGACCACCAUUGUCCCUGUUCACACAAACUCCAAGGUAACCUGUCUAAAUGACUACCUCCCCGUAGCACUCACAUCUGUAAUUAUGAAGUGCUUAGAAAGGCUGUGCAUGACACAUCAACACCAUCAUCCCAGACACCCUGGACACACUCCAAUUCGCAUACCUCCCCAACAGACCCACAGAUGAUGCAAUCUCAAUUUCACUUCACACUGCCCUCUCCCACCUAGACAAGAGGGGAAAUAACUAUGUGAGAAUGCUGUUCAUACACUACAGCUCAGCGUUCAACACCAUAGUCCCCUCCAAUUUUAUCACCAAGCUAGGAACCCUGGGAUUGAACACCUCCCUCUGUAACUGGGUCCUAGACUUCCUGACGGGCUGCCCCCAGGUGGUGAGGGUAGGCAACGACACAUCCGUCACGCUGACCCUCAACGUGGGGGCCCCUCUAGGGUGUGUGCUUAGUCCCCUCCUGUACUCCUUGUUCACCCAUGACUGCGUGGCCGCUCACGACUCCAACACCAUCAUCAAGUUUACUGACGUCACGACGGCGGUAGGCCUGAUCACCGACCGCAAUGAGACAGCCUACAGGGAGGAGGUCUGAGAGUUGGCAGUGUGGCGCUAUGACAACAACCUCUCCCUAAACGUCAGUAAGACCAAGGAGCUGAUCGUGGACUACAGGAGAAAGAGGGGAGCGCACGCCUCCAUCCACAUUGACAGGGCUCUAGUGGAGCGGGUCAAGAACUUCAUGGUCCUUGGCGUCCAUAUCACUAAGGGCUUAACAUGGUCCACACACACCCGCACAGUCGUGAAGAGUGCAGCACCUCUUCCCCCUCAGGAGGCUGAAAAGAUUUGGCAUGGGCCCUCGGAUCCUGAAAAAGUUUUACAGCUGCACCAUCGAGAGCAUCUUGACUGGCUGCAUCACCGCUUGGUAUGGCAAAUGCACCACCCUCGACUACAAAGCACUACAGAAGGUGGUGCGGACAGCCCAGUAAAUCACUGGGGCCUAGCUCCCUGCCAUCCAGGAACUCUAUACCAGGCGGUGGUAGAGGAAGGCCCGAGCCACAGACUCCAGCCACCCAAGCCAUAGACUGUUCACUCUGCUACCGUCCAGCAAACGGUACCGGAGCAUCGGCUCUCGGACCAACAGGCUCUGAGACAGCUUCUACCCCCAAGCCAUAAGACUGCUAAAUAGCCAUAAGACUUCUAAAUAGUUUAAUGUUUACCCUGACUAUCUUGCACACUCUCAAGACUAUACACACUCACACAAAACCCCCACACAUUCACAUACACUACAUACACACACACACACAUACCAACAACACAAACACACAUCAUAUGCUUCUGCUUCUCUGUUCUUUAUUUUACACGUAUUAUUAUCUAUCCUGAUGCCUAGUCACUUUAUCCUGCCUUCAUGUACAUACAGUGCAUUUGGAAAGUAUUCAGACCCCUUGACUUUUUCCACAUUUUGUAACAUUACAGUCUUAUUCUAAAAUGGAUUAAGUAGUUUUUUCCCCUCAUCAAUCUACACACACUACCCCAUAAUGACAAAGCAAAAACAGGUUUUUAGAAAUGUUAUGAAUACUUUCCGAAUGCACUGUACUGUAUAUAUAGUCACACAAUUGUUUUGCAAAUUUAUUCAAAAUAAAAAACGUAAAUAUCACAUUUACAUAAGUAUUCAGACCUUUUACUCGCACCUUUGGCAGCGAUUAUAGCCUCAAGUCUUCUUGGGUAUGAUGCUACAAGCUUGGCACACCUGUGUUUGGGGAGUUUCUCCCAUUUUUCUCUGCAGAUCCUCUCGAGCUCUGUCAGGUUGGAUGGGGAGUGUCGCUGCACAGCUAUUUUCAGGUCUCUCCAGAGAUGUUCAAUCAGGUUCAAGUCCGUGCUCUGGCUGAGCCACUCAAGGAUAUUCAGAGACUUGUCCCAAAGCCACUCCUGCGUUGUCUUGGCUGUGUGCUUAGGGUCGCUGUCUUGUUGGAAGGUGAACCUUCGCCCCAGUCUGAGGUCCUAAGCGCUCUGGAGCAGGUUUUCAUCAAGGUUCUCUCUGUACUUUGCUCCGUUCAUAUUUUCCUCGAUCCUGACUAGUUUUCCAGUCCCUGCCGCUGAAAAACAUCCCCACAGCAUGAUGCUGCCACCACCAUGCUUCACCGUAGGGAUGGUGCCAGGUUUCCUCCAGACGUGACGCUUGGCAUUCAGGCCAAAGAGUUCAAUCUUGGUUUCAUCAGACCAGAGAAUCUUGUUUAUCAUGGUCUGAGAGUCCUUUAGGUGUCUUUUGCCGAACUCCAAGCGGGCUGUCAUGUGCCUUUUACUGAGGAGUGGCAUCCGUCUGGCCACUCUACCAUAAAGGCCUGAUUGGUGGAGUGCUGCAGAUAUGGUUGUCCUUCUGGAAGGUUCUCUCAUCUCCACAGAGGAACUCUGGAGCUCUGUCAGAGUGACCAUCGGGUUCUUGGUCACCUCUCUGACCAAGGCCCUUCUCCCCCGAUUGCUUUGUUUGGCCAGCUCUAGGAAGAGUCUUGGUGGUUCCAAACUUCUUCCAUUUAAGCCACUGUGUUCUUGGGGACCUUCAAUGCUGCAGAAAUGUUUUGGUACCCUUCCCCAGAUCUGUGCCUUAACACAAUCCUGUUUCGGAGCUCUACGGACAAUUCCUCCGACCUCAUGGCUUUGUUUUCGCACUGUCAACUGUGGGACCUUAUAUAGACAGUUGUGUGCCUUUUUCAAAUCAUGUCCAAUCAAUUUAAUUUACCACAGGUGGACUCCAAUCAAUUUGUAGAAACAUCUCAAGGAUGAUUAAUGGAAACAGGAUGCACCUGAGCUCAAGUUCGAGUCUCAUAGCAAAGGGUCUGAAUACUUAUGUUAAUACAUUUGCAAAAAUGUUGAAAAACCAUUUUUCGCUUUGUCAUUAUGGGCUAUUGUGUGUAGAUUAAUAAGGGAAAAAAUUAAUGUAAUCUAUUUUACAAUAAGGUUGUAACGUAACAAAGUGGAAAAAGUCAAGGGGUCUGAAUACUUUCCGAAUGCACUGUCUACCUCAGAUACCUUGUACACUUGCACAUUGAUCUGGUGCUCCAUGUAUGAAAAAUGUAUGCACUCACUAACUGUAAGUCGCUCUGGAUAAGAGCGUCUGCUAAAUGACUAAAAAAAUAUACUAUUUUUCUUUUCAUUGAACAUUUUUAACUCUCCAUCAUUGGGAAGGGCUCGUAAGCAAGCAUUUCACAGUUAAGUUUACACCAUUGUAUUCGGCACGUGACAAAUAGAAAUAGAUUUGAUUUGUAGAAUAAGGAAUCAUGUCGGCUCUAUUCAUGACAUUUCUAUCUGCAACACUCUACAACAUUUUCCUAUUGAACAUGGUCCAGGGUUUGGAGUCAAUAGGUAGGUACAUUACACUGACUCCUGUCAUUUGUGGUUAUAAGUUUGCUCUCCCUCUGCCCCCGUUUUAGAACUUCUCACGGACGGACCGUCUGCUACGUCACCGCCGUCUGUGUGGAGCGGGGGCCAGCCUUCCCAAGGAGGAGAACCAGUCAUUCUCCUGCGAGAGCAGAGGAGGAGCCUACUCACAGGAUGCACCUGGGCACACGGCCGCCUGGAGUCCCCUACAUCAGCAGAACAGCCGUCUGGCUGUCUAACCUCUGAUCCCUCAGAGAAACCCCCCCCACCCAACACGCAGUCAGCAGUCCUCAGCUCGGUGAUGCCACAUACUGGAGCAGACCAGUACUGCUUCCUCCCUCAGCCCAGAUAAACCUGGCUAAGACACAAGACAAAGACACCCAACCUGAUGCUGUUCUCACCAGUGAGCUCAUAUCCUGUUGAUGGGAUA